AUGUACUUAACAAAAAAGGAAAAGUCUGGAAUACAUGCUAAAUCUUGCCUACCUGUCCCUUUCUCUACGUGCACCCUAUUCCCACACUUCGCAUUGUCUCUCUUUCUCUCUCUCUCUCUCUCUCUCUCUCUCUCUCUCUCUCUCUCUCUCUUCAUUGGCAUAAUAUCUAUCGCUCAGAAUUACCAAACUGAUUUAAUUCAGUUUUGUCGGGUACCUCUUUACCCCGCAUAUCUCAUUACCCGAUCUACUAAUCACGCCUCAUCCAGUUUUGAUAUAUCGCCCCCACCUUCCUUUACCUUAUCUUCAGUCUGCAGGAAAAGUCGUAAAUUCAACAGCCUGGUCCAAGUAACCCCCUUCUUCUUCAUCCUUAACCUCUACUUUUUUUACGUCUUCUUUUUUCUUUCGCUUUUUUUUUUUCUGCUUGCUUUGCCUUUUCUAUCUUUGUUCUUCUCUUGUUGUCAUCGUCAUUUUCUUCAACCUUCUUUUCACUCCUCCUUUUUGAACUUGUUCAUUUUUCCUUCUUUUUCCGCUUUUCUCUUCAUCCCUCCCUACCUAUUUUCUCUUCCUAGACCGUAUAUUCAGUGCUUUCUUUCUUUCUUUCUUUCUUUCUUUCGUUUUUCAUUUAGUUCUUCUUCUUCUUCUAGUCAUUUUUAUUUAUCUUUUCUCUUUCUCUACAUUCUUCCUUUCAACCUUCCUUUUUUCAUCGUGAGCUUUUUCUUUUUCCCUCCUCCUCGUCUUCUUUUUCCUCUUCUUCUUGUUCUUUCUUUCUUUCUUUCUUUCCCUGAAUCCUUCGUGUUCCAUUUUCCUUCUUUUUCCUCUUUUCAUUAUCGUUAUCACAUAUCUACAAACAUCAUAAUUGCAAUAUUAACAACAAUCCAGCAUUUUCAUUCCUUGCUUUCCUCUUUAUCUUCUUCAUUUCGUUUUUCUUUUUCUUCUUCUUCUUCUUCUUCUUCUUCUUAUUAUUAUUAUUAUUAUUAUUAUUAUUAUUAUUAUUAUUAUUAUUAUUUCUUUCAAAUUAAUUUUUAUCUCUACUUAUUUCUCUAUUUUCCUUCUUCUUAUUUUCUUCUUCUUUCUCAAUUUUUCUUUCUUUCUUUCAAUCUUGAUCUUUUCUUGCAGAAUAUUUCUUCCUUCUCUGUAUAUUUCGCCCGAUUAUAA